UCCGUCAAAUUCUGCAAAUAACACGUCUGCAUUGACUGCAAUAAUAUAUUCAAAUGAUUAUGGACCUUUUGAUUACGAUAGGCUGUUCAAGUCGAUGGACUUGAUUCACAUCAGUUAUACAGGGCCGUCAAAAAUCAGUUUCAACAUGGAAGAAAUCGAAUCACUUAGGGCAAUAUUUUCCACCUCCGGUCAUUUCUUCAUUCUUGAUGUUAUGUUUGAAAUUUUGGCGUAUUACCAGUGGCGACACGUUACACUGAUAGGCUCCAACGAUUUUAUAGGAUAUGAUUACCAAAAAAGCAAUUUUGUCAGACGUGCGCGGGAAUUAGCUGCAGCUUACGAAAUCUGCAUAGGUCACACCGUAAAUACCUAUCAGUUGCGUCAUUAUGGCAUAUACGGAUCAGAAUUAUUGAGACACGAGCGAGCAUCGCUUAAUAUAACCGAUGUAAUUAUUUGUUACUGCGAUAAAAACGACAUCAUCACUUUAAAAAAUGAACUAGUGAAAGUAAACAGAACCGUAACACCAGCAAAAGUUGUAGUUAUCGCGGGAAGUACAGACGAAUCUUGGAAGUAUGAAGAAAUUAUAUGGGAACCGAAAUUGGGAGACUUGUAUUACGUCACACCAGCGAUGGAUCAGUACCCUAAGGAAUUUCACGAUUAUUUCACAUCACUAUCCGCGGAAAACUUGACCAAACAUUCUUAUUUGAAAAAGUUCAGGCAACGGUAUUUCAAAUCCAAGACCAGUAACAACAAGAAUGCGAAUACAAUCUAUAAAACCAUUUGCAAGAAUAAUUCUCGGGUAUUCAGCAUCAUUAAAUCAGUUUACGCAAUUGCGCAUGGGAUGAUGGAUAAACUAGCCCGAUUGAAAUUGGAAUAUGGACUUAUCAAUUUUUUUUUAUUUGGCCAAGAAGUGGGUUUCACUCGGAAACGCUUACCAUCAAUGGAAAAAUUUGAUAUAUACAAAUACCAAGCAACAAACAAUACAGAAAUUCACCAUCUCACCAAAGUCGCAAAGUAUCUGAAAUAUCGUGAUAAAGACGAACCAUGGCAAUACGAAGGCGUUUAUCGAAUACGAGGAAAUCUAACUGUCCUCAAUGAAAAACUUUUCCAAUAUUCAAAAUCUUAUGUAAAAUCAGAAUGCAGCGAACCCUGUCUGCCAGGACACUUAAAGAUUAUUUCUGGAACGGAUCAAUGUUGUUGGUCUUGUGCUCCAUGCGAUGCAUUGGAAAGAACGGACCUACACCAGACUUCCUGCAUCAAAUGCGAAGAUGGUCAAAUGCCAGAUGAAAACCAGCAGGACUGCGUUUUUAUAUCUACCCGCAUCCAAGAACCAACCGAAUGGUACAAUUGGCAGAAUUUGAUAUGCAUGUGUUUUUCUUCAUCAUCCAUCAUACUGACGAUUAUCGUAUCGAUUAUAUUCAUCAAGCAACGAAACACUCCCGUGGUCAAGUCAACAACGAAAGAACUGUGUUAUGUCAUGUUUGCUGGAAUCGCGUUAGCCAAUAUCACCAUUUUCAUCUCAGUCUUGAGCCAGGAAUUCAAAACAUCAGCGGUGAAAGUCCUGCCAGCGACUGGUUUCACGACAAUAUACGCCGCUUUAUUGAUGAAAACAAUUCGAAUAGCGCGCAUCUUGCCCAAAUCCGAGAAUUCGUUUCCCAAUAUGCAUCCAAAAUUCGUUUCCAUAACGGCUCAGAUUAUAACAACCGUGGCUUUAAUCGGCGUAGAGUCAUUGAUUUGCUGGCACGCGGUACAAGCUAACGACACGUAUCUGAGCACUGAGAAAAAUACUUUAAAUUACGUAUUGAAAAAUUACUACUUGAAUGGAUUUUUUCUUAUGAGAAUAUUUGGGUUCGUUGGGGUGCUAAUUUUAUUCUGCAUGUAUUUCGCGGUCAAAACGCGAAAUCUGCCGGGGAACUACAAUGAAACCAAGCACAUCGCGCUUUCAAUAUUCACAACGAUAGCAAUAUCAAUGUUUUUCUGUUUCAUGUACGUCAUCAGCGAAUAUAAAAUAUUGUUGGUAAAUUUAGCCAUUUCAAUCAAUUCUCUGUCGGUUCUGGUGUUCUUGUUCUUUCCAAAAUUGAACAUAAUUUUGCGUAGACCUGAGCGAAAUACAAAAGCCUAUUAUACAACCGUCGCACUCAAUAUUCGCAAGCACGUCAGAGAAGAACCUCAUCAGCAGCAGCAAUAAAAUAUUAGACCAGAAAUAGACAUCAGAUUGAGAGAAAAAAAAAUGAAUUUGACGAAAAAUUAUUAGAUAUACUUGUCAAGAUUGUUGAAUUAGGUAUAUAUAUUUUUUAA